CUGCGACCGCCAGAGGGCUCCUGUGUCGGUUGCACACAGGCGGCUGCUCUCUUUGUCAGUUCGGGACUGGAGUUGAGCUUCCUAGGUCAGGGUCUGCAGCGGCGGCAGCUUCUUCCUCCACUGCGGAUCCGAAGAAGCCCGAACGCAGUUUGGAUAGGAAAAGCGCCUUUCGCACAAUCGGCGCUCCGGAGAAGCAGCUCAGUCACCCGAGCGGCUGGUGACUCCGCCAGGUUAAAGUAUAGUGAACAAUACAGAAGAGGACACUGUGCCAUGGAUGGCAGAUUGCAAAGUUCCUCCCUGAAAACUCAGUAAGAUGCUAACUCCGAAUCCCGAGUGCAGCCAGCACCGUGAGACCAACUGCAAGGCUAAAGCAGGAGAAGAGGGAAUGCCACAGACCCGGCCAACAAAAACCAUUAAAGGCAUCAGAAAACGCAAAGAUUUUGUGGUGUUUCAGGGUACUCAGGCAGAAGAGAAGCCCAACAUCUGUAUUGAGUGUGGGAAGACCUUCAGCCAGAAUUCAAGCCUAGUCAACCACCGGCGAACACACUUGGAUGAAAAACCAUACAAAUGCCCCGACUGCGGGAAAACCUUCGGCGUUAGCUCCAGCCUGAACAGACACCAGAGAAUCCACACAGGAGAGAAGCCAUAUAAAUGCACAGAGUGUGGCAAAAGGUUCAAUGACAAAUCCAAUCUCACCCAACACCAGCGAAUCCAUACUGGCGAGAAGCCCUAUAAGUGCAUUGACUGCGGCAAGUGCUUCAGCCGCAGCUCCCACAAAAAGCACCACCUGCGUCACCCUCUGGGGAAGAUGCUGGGCAAAGGGGGGCAGACUGAUGGUGCUUGUGCAGCCAGUGUGAAACCCAAACCCAAAAGGAAAGUGGAGGUGCUGAACACCUGCACCGAAUGCUGGCAGAGCUUCAGCCAGAACGCAGACCUCAUCAAACAUAUGCGCAUCCACACCGGUGAGAAGCCCUAUCAGUGCAAUGUCUGUGAAAAGAGCUUCAGCGUCAGCUCCAAUCUCUUCAGACACCAGAGAAUCCACACAGGGGAGAAGCCAUACGUGUGCUCCGACUGUGGGAAGAGAUUCACUGACAAAUCAACCUUGGUCCAGCACCAGAGAAUCCACACGGGGGAGAAGCCCUACGCUUGCAGGUUUUGUGGUAAGAGCUUCAGCCACAGCUCCCACCACAAGCGACAUGAAAAGAUCCACAAGAGGGAAUACCCUUUUUUGUCUUACUCUGCCCCGCUGAGCUAGCAACUUGCAAUUACAAGAGAGAAAUGGUUUUUCUUUGCUGGGAAGCUGUUUUCAGAACCAUACAACCCAUUUUUGAAAGCUUGAGGCUGGGAUCUCACUGUUUGCCAGCCAAGUGAACAUUAGCUCAGUGAUUCUUGGAUCAAUUCCACUGAUUGAAAUAUAGCUUUCCAUUCAAAAAGGGACAGGCUGGGCUAAUCGGCAAAAGCACAUGGUAAACAUUUUUUGGAUUGUACCACUCUACAAUGCAGGUGGGAGGACUACAUAUUUUAAUGAUCCCCACAUUAACCUAAGUCUUUGCACAUUAAAAAAAAACACAUUUGGGAGAGUAUCAGCUAGAACCGUUUCCUUUGAUGUGCUAGUUUUUUAUAUACAGAGUGGUUUUAAAGAAAUGUGAACAAAUAUGUAAACAUUUACCACCACUACCACCAGCCCUGCUGCCUGAGUCUGAAGUAGUCAUGAUUUUGCAGGACAUAGAUCAGCUCUUGGUCUCAAUGCAGAGACUUAACAUUUUCCUUCAGAACUGGUUCUGGUGGUUAAAUAUCUUUACUUAAAAACAGACCUCUUAUUUCCACAGUGAACAUCUCUGUUGAAUACUCUUUGAUGCUUUCCGCUAACCUCAAAAGCUUCCUGCUCUCUCUCUCUCUCUCUCUCUCUCUCUCUCUCUCUCUCUCUCUCGGGUGACAGAAACUAUGGUUCUGCCACUGUCUAAAGCGUUUCCUCAAUAAGCUAAAGAGAUGUGAGUAAUGCUUAUUAUUUCCAAAAUUGUUGUGUCUGCAUUUUUGCCACUUUUUCCAAUAUACUUUUCAAUGUGGGGAGGGGGCAGAAGACAUGGGCCUAGUGAUCCCAUCAUUCCAAGAUGAACUCAUCAGAUGAAGACUGAAAUCAUACUCUGAAAACUCCCCAAAAGGACAAGUUUUGAUUUACCUGUUUUCUAGAGAAUAUUGUUAGUUAUAUUGGCAUAUUGUGUGCUUUCCAUUUACCCCUUUCUAAGACAUAUUUUAUAAAUGUCAUUCAUAGAAUAUCAGGUAUGAGACUGACCUUUUUGCCCUCCACAAAAUAUAGCAGUGGAGUCUUCAGGAGAGAACACAUUGUACCCUUGUUCCCUGCUGGUACCCUUCAACCUAAUAUGCUUCAUUCAUCCUCUUAAACACAUACCAUUCCUCAAUUAUUUCCCUCUCUCUCUUCUUUAAAAGCACGGUCAAACAGUUUGCUUAGCUGCAAUGACUGGCAGGGUAUAAUAGGCUGGAGGAUUUUUGUCUCUGCAUAUUUAAUUUGCAUGCAAUUAUGUGCAUAAAAAUAACAAGUGGAGGAUGCUUGUUAAUAGAUCUAGCUGGAUAUUGCAGUUCUCUUGUGCUGUUUAUGAAGUUUCCAGUGUCAAACUUCCAAGUCUUCUUUGCAGACAAUCAGUCGUUAGUGGAGAUCUCAAAUUUAUAUAUUGACACUUGAGUGCACUGAUUUGGAGUUAGGUUUAUUAAAUUUAUGUAUUGCUUAAAAUAAAAGUGCUGAAGUGAUCUACAACUAAGUAAAAUAAUACAAUGAUAAAUCACAUAAACAUAUCAAAAACAGAUUUAACAAUACGUUAUCAUAUCAUUGGUGCUGUCCAAAUGCCCAGGAAAACAAAAACGUCAUUAACAGCUCCCGAAAUGAUGACAGGAUUGGCACCAGGCAGGCCCAUUCUCUCAUCACCUCCCUCCAGACCUCCCUUGGAGUUGACUUGCAGAGAAGAGCCUCAGAGGAUGAUCUCAGGGUCCAGACAGGUUCAUAUGGGGAAAGACAGUCCUUUAGAUAUAGGGGUCCCAAGCCAUAUAAAGCUUUAAACGUCAAACCCAGCAUUUUGAAUUACAUUCAGAACAAACAUUGGUGAAAAGAGAGAUGAUAGUUGAAAUGCACAUUGGAUAUAUUUCCCUGUUUUAGCCUCGGGGCUUUAAUCAGGGAUGGGGAACUUGUGGCUUUCCAAAUGUUGUCGGACUCCAACUCUCAUUAGCCCUGGCCAGGAUGACCAAGGCUCAGGGAUAAUGGGAGCUGUAGACCGAGAACAACUGGAGGGCCACAGUUUUCCCAUCCCUGCUGUGAGUGUCCCAGCUGCGAAGAUUCUGUAUUCAGUGUUUGCCAGUAGACCACAUCAGUUUCACCUGUAUCUGUGGUUCACAGUUCAGCAUCCUCAGAUGACAAAGUGGUCAGUAGGUAAUGUUGCCUAUAGUCUUUAAGCUUGAAGAAUCUUUAAAAAAAUGCUACUGUAAUUUCUCCAAAUAUGCUUUGUUUCUUAGGGCUGUUCCAUGUGGUAUUUUAUGUACUGGCGUAUGGGCAGCUGGGCAUGAAAUCCAUACACCGCCAUCAAAUAGGAUGGCUAUCACUAACAGUGGGUGGUGUUCAUGAUAUAAUCAAAAGGGCCACAAGUGGCACUGCAGGGAGGCUUGACCAUUUUUGUGCUCCGAAAUAAAGUUUGGUUGUUUCACCUCAUUAAGGAGUUGCAGCUCAUGGUAAACUCUAUGGCACUUGGUGGUGUUGGGGGGGUUCCCCUUCUGGGCCUGCUCUUCGGUAUUUUAACCUGAACGCAAUGAAAAUGUAUAUAUAUUCCCUUCAUAAUUGUGGUUUGAAGGCACAUAAGGCCAGCUCCCUGCUGAAGCUAACCAGGGCCAGGUCUGGUCAGUGCUUGGAUGGGAAACUGCCUGGGAACCAUAUGUAAGCCGCCUUGGGUUUCAUGAAAAGAAAGGCGGGGUAUAAAUUAAAUAAAUAGUUAGCCAAUGCUUGUAUUUUGUACUCAGACAUGCAUACAGGAAUACAGAAACUUCUAUGAGAAGUGGCCUUUCUGUGGCAUAGUGUUUUCAAUAAAUUAACCUUUGACCUUUUGUCUCCUCUUCAGAGUCCUGUGUCCAUAUGGAGUAACCAAGACUUUUGUAGCCUCAACUAAGGUUGUUAUCAAUCAACCAUUUUUUAAAGAAUGGCUGGAUGCAGUUUGGCUUUUAGACCACCUGCCGGAAAAAUCAACACAAGGCCAUUUCCACCCCCACCCCCCUUGAGUGUUUUUUUACUUAUCUGUACAUGUUAGAUUAAAAGACUGCUAUUGUGCUAGACUGUUCCCACUAUAAAUCACCAGGUGCUGCCCCAGACUUAGUCUUAACCCCAGAACAAUUGGCUCUACCCGCAGGAUUUAAGCUCUAUUCCCAGGUCCUGCCUAGUUCCUACAGUUUUUUCAUUUCAAGAGCUGACUACAUUA